AUGUCUUCAGUAUGGAAGAAUCCCCGUGCAGCAGAUGCAAUGCCUGAGAUGGUGGUGAAAAUCAUUGGAAGUAAACACUUUCAGUACCUUGUGGAGAAACCAAAGACCAAGGAGAAUGAGAAUGUGAAGGCAGAAACUCAAAGAGCGCUCCAGAAAUCUGUGACUGGUAACGCAAGGCAGAUGAGCAAAGACCCCCCAGCUCCUAAUAGUCCUUCUGAUCAUCAAAUUAAUCAUAACCCAGAUGACGUGGAAGACAGCAAACACCAGGAGAAUAACCGGAAACCAGAAAACCAGAAACUUCAAAUGGGAGCACUCAGUAGCAGAUUUCUGGAUGGUAAAAUUCCCAACCAGGCAAAUGUCCAUUGCAUCUCUGUACCAACUGGAGACCAAUCCCUGUCCUACAUCCAUGGCCUUCCCAGGAGAAACUUUAGAGACUGGUCCUUGGAACAGAUGGCAAGGGGUGGCUCUGACCAACCAGAGGAUAUUGCCCAGAGGCCAACUGGAAUGACUAAAGAAGAUACUUUUCUUCUUGCCCUGGUCAGAAGAGAACUCAAGUCAUGCUCUUUGAGUUCUGGCUUAUUAGACAGGCUUGAGAAAGAGCUGAAGAUCCUAGAUCCCACCUUUUCAGGAUUUCUUCUUCAAUCUCAGCUGAGCCACCUCUUCUUGAGGCAUGAAGUCCCUCUACAGUUACCAACAAUCAAGAUCCUCUGCCAGAGAUUUUCUAGAAGGGGCUCUCCUGAAAUGGUGAAUUAUGAAAAGCUACUCUGGUUUUUAAAAGUUGCAGCUUCAGAUGAUCCACAGCAAAGCAAACAAGUUGUGGACAGCAACCUGAAGAAAACUGAGGGUGGUAGCCAUCACAGCAAAAGCAAUACUGCUCCUCCAAACUCCAGUUUGCAGUCAGAAAUGAAAAAGGGCCUGUUGGAAAUCUUAAAGAUGGCACUAAGAACAACAAAUGGCAAACUCAACAUAGAGAGCCUUAAUCUGAGUUUUCGAAAAGAAGAUCGCUCAUUCUCUGGCUACCUAUCCCCACCCAAGGUCAGGGCUAUCUGUGGGAAACAUGGAUUACAUCUGACUUUGAGCCUCCUGGAAACAUUGCUUAAUCAUCAAGAUUUGGGUAACCAAGAUGAAAUAAAAUGGCAGAAUUUUGUUGCGUUGUUGAGCAGAGCUUCCUUUGAUUUGUCAUCUGAUUUGCCUACAGGAAAGAAUGUAAAGGAAAUUUCUGCCACUGAAGUGCAGCCUGAAGUUCCUGAGAUGUCUCAAGGCAAAACUGAACAUAUGAAAACUCCAGAAGAGGAGCUGCAGCCAGAAAACCUUCCUACUGAGACUUCAGCCCCCAAAGAUCCCCUGAGCUCUUUGGCCAUCAGGCCAGUCUCACAGCCUUUUGUUAGUCCAAUGAUGAAGAACAAGUCUGAAGAAUGUGAGACCUGGAUUGACAGGUUUAGGAAGCUGGAAAAUGCCCUCUACCUGUGUGAUCUGAGUAACACAGGAGUCCUAGAGAAGGAACGAGCCAGACGCCUCAUUCACAACUACAAUCUCAUUUACAACCUGUCCCUGAGCCCUCGGAAAAUCGACCAGGCCUUGAGGAGAUUUCGUUCAGGAGAAAAUAUGCUCUUGGAGCCAGCACUCCGAUACUUAAAGGAGCUAUGAUAACAAGCCCAUAUUGUGAGAACAGAUGUUUCCUUUAUCUCCCUUUUUACCCAGACACAUGUUUCUCCCCAGCCUGAGUGUAGUUGUGGAAGCACUGUCAGAGUUGAGGCUGAUGUAGCUAUUGUAGAUGCUUUGGACUUGGACUUGGUUUCUGGCUGUGAUGCUUGCUCAUAAGAAGCUCGAUGUGAUAUAAGAAAACCAGGUUUUCUCUUCGGAGGUGGCAAGAACCCAAUUUCUUUAAAUCUCCUUUUAUUCUAAUAAAGCUUCUUAUUAAUA